CACAAUAACUUGCUACAAAUUUUAUCCAUAUAUAUAAAUCAACAAAUCAAAUCAAUCACUACACUUUGACAGAUCAUCAAAACCAGCCUACCAAAUGACCUGGUGUUGGACCAACAAGACUCCCGCCGGAGUUUCUGCUCCAGCGACCCCUUCCGGCCAUGUCGCCCUAAUAAUUGGCGUCACCGGAAUAGUCGGCAAUGCCCUCGCCGGAAUCCUGCCGGCUGAAAACACUCCCGGCGGGCCUUGGAAGGUCUACGGCGUCGCGCGCCGCCCCAAUCCGGCCUGGAAAAAUGAUGCAGAGUACAUCCAGUGCGACGUCUCCGAUUCCGGCGACGCCAAUGCGAAGCUGUCGGCCCUGACCGACGUGACGCACAUUUUCUGGGUCACGUGGGCCAACGGGUCGACGGAGGCUGAGUGCUGUGAAGUGAACAGUGCAAUGUUGCGAAAUGUGCUCGGCGCCGUGGCGCGAAAUGCUCGAAAUUUAGAGCAUGUUUGCAUUCAGACAGGGCAUAAACACUACAUUGGGCCAUUUGAAGCUUUCGGGAAAAUAAGGCCGCACGAGACUCCUUUUGUCGAGGAUGUGGCGAGGCUUGACGCUCCGAAUUUUUAUUACGCGCUCGAAGACAUUGUCUUCGAGUUUUGUAAGAAGAAGCGAGGCUUAACAUGGUCGGUACACAGACCGGCCGCGAUAUUCGGGUUCUCCCCGCACAGCAAGAUGAAUCUAAUAGGCAGCCUCUGCAUAUACGCCGCAAUCUGCAAACAUGAAAACAGUCGGUUCAAAUUUCCGGGCACGAAGGCUGCCUGGAAUUGCUACUCGGUGGCAUCUGAUGCCGGCCUGAUUGCCGAGCAGCAGAUUUGGUGCAGCCUCGACCUCAACGGGAAGAACAAUGCAUUUAACUGCAGCAAUGGGGAUUUAUUCAAGUGGAAGCAUCUGUGGAGGGUUUUGGCGGAUAAGUUCCAGUUAGAGUCCGAGGAAUUCGAUGAAAAUGAAGAGUAUGUAAGCUUGUCGGAGAGGAUGAAAGACAAAGGUCGGGUUUGGGAUGAGAUUGUGAAGAAAAAUGACCUCGUCGCGACCAACUUGGACGAGGUAGCAACAUUUUGGUUCGUGGACUUGAUGUUCGGAGGGGAGUGCAUGUUGGACAACAUGAAUAAGAGCAAAGAGCACGGAUUUUUUGGAUUCAGGAACACCGAGAAGUCGUUGCUUUCCAUCAUCGAAAAAAUGAAAGCUCACAGAAUUGUUCCAUGACUUAAUUCAUAAUUUUGUGUGUUUGAUGAGAAUGUUUUGAGUAUGAACAACAAAUAUGUCGAACAAUAUGUAUUUUACUUCAUCCAGCCAUCUAUUAGAUGCCCUACUAUUAAAAAAAUUUCUUUUUAAUUUUUUUCUUGUC